CGGGCGAAACCGAAACAUAAAAAAAAGAAAAAAAAGAGAAAGGGGAGCGAAAGCAAGGGCAGAGUCGGCGGGAGGCGGCGGCGGGGAAAGGGGAGCGAUGCCGGUGGCGAGGCCGGAGCCGCAGGAGCCGCGGGUGAUCGCCCACCUCGACCUCGACUGCUUCUACGUGCAAGUCGAGCAGCGGAGGAACCCGGCGCUCAGGGGGCAGCCCACCGCCGUGGUGCAGUACAACGACUGGAAAGGCGGCGGCCUGAUUGCGGUGAGCUACGAGGCCCGCAAGUUCGGCGUGAAGAGGUCCAUGCGUGGGGAUGAGGCCAAGAAUGUCUGCCCAGGUAUAAACCUGGUCCAGGUCCCCGUGUCUCGUGACAAGGCCGACCUCAAUGUGUACCGAAAUGCCGGCUCCGAGGUAGUAGCGAUUCUUUCGACCAAGGGGAAGUGUGAGCGAGCAUCCAUUGACGAAGUCUAUCUCGACCUUACUGAUGCUGCCAAGGAAAUGCACUUGGAAUCUCCUCCGGAGUCGUCAGAGUCUAUUUUUGAGGAGGCCACAAAGUCAAAUAUCCUGGACCUUCCUUCUGAUGUCGGUGACAGGGAGGAGAAUGUGAAGGCAUGGCUUUGCCGAGCAGAUGCCAACUACCAGGAUAAGUUGCUGGCAUGUGGAGCUAUACUUGUUGCACAGUUACGAGUAAAAGUUCUGGAGGAAACCCAAUUCACGUGUUCUGCUGGCAUUGCUCACAAUAAGAUGUUAGCUAAACUUGUUAGCGGGAUGCACAAACCUGCUCAACAAACAGUUGUUCCAUCUUCAUCGGUUCAAGACUUUCUAGCAUCAUUGCCUGUGAAGAAGAUGAAACAACUUGGGGGUAAGCUUGGGAGUUCCUUGCAGGAUGAUCUGGGGGUUGAGACAGUUGGAGAUCUUCUAGGUUUUACAGAAGAGAAAUUACAAGAGUACUAUGGUGUAAAUACAGGAACAUGGUUAUGGAAGACUGCAAGAGGUAUUAGCGGAGAAGAAGUUGAGGACCGUCUUCUACCAAAGAGUCAUGGUUGUGGAAAAACAUUUCCUGGCCCAAAAGCAUUAAAGAAUAAUUCUUCUGUUAAGAGCUGGCUGGAUAAACUUUGUGAAGAAUUGAGCGAGCGGAUUCAGUCUGACUUGAGCUGCAACAAGAGAGUCGCUCAAACAUUAACUCUCCAUGCUAGGGCAUCUAAGGAAAACGAGGGUAAUUCAAUGAAGAAAUUCCCAUCCAAAUCUUGCCCAUUACGCUAUGGGACUGGCAAAAUUCAAGAAGAUGCAAUGAAGCUAUUCGAAUCUGGGCUUCAUGAUUUUUGGGGUUCUCGGAAUGCUGGAUGGAGUAUUACAUCUCUUUCUGUUACAGCAAGCAAAAUAUUUGACAUACCAAGUGGAACAAACUCAAUCUUGAAAUAUAUCAAAGGCCGAAGUUCCGAUGCAUCUUCAGCCAUCCUUGAUUCUUCCUCUACACCUGAGUCAACACCAUCUGUUGAUAACAAGUUAUAUAUGACUCCAGUUCAUGAGGAACGGUGUGAAUCAUCAUCUAUGAAGGAAGACUGUGACAGUAGUAAUUCUGCCAAACAAUGUAGCUCAAUUGAAGGAAAAGGUCUGCCGAAGAAAUUACCGAAAGUUCAGGGAGCUGGCUCUAUUUUGAAGUUUCUUUCACAAAGUCAACCUGGCCAGCACGAGAAAAGAAACUUUGACGGCUUAAUUUGUAGCCAUCAAGGCCCGGAGAGUUCUUCAGGAGCAAGCGAGGCUGAACAACAUGGUAGAGACAAUAUUAACACGGCCGUCGUGCACUCUUCUGGUUCCGGUGACACAUGGAUGCUCAAUGUUGAAGACAUUGAUCCGGCCGUAGUAGGGGAACUGCCGCUGGAGAUUCAAAGAGAAAUACAGGGUUGGAUCCGUCCUUUGAAACAGGCAACCCCAAAGAAGCGCGGUUCCACCAUCUCUUCUUACUUUUCACCGGCAAGAAGGUGAUCGCUCCGAAUAGCUGGAUUAUACCAUGCUAAUUCUAACACGCUGCUGACUGUUCUCAUGAUUGUCCGCAUGUAAACUGUAGGAAACUCAUCUAACCAACUCUAAUAGAUGUGUUGAUGGUUGUGAAUAGUACUUUUAUUCCUGGAGUACCCUGAGGGUCACAAAUUUGCAUCCCUAUGCAAUCACACGUUUGCGUCUCCGGCACAAACGCAAAAUUAAUGCCUUCCAUUUUUUA